AUGGCCGCGUGCAACAUGGUAGCGCUGGUACACAUCGACUUCCCCAUCAGCCGCGAGUUUACCAAGAGCUUGGACGUCAUCGUGGUUGAUCGAGUCCACCAUCCGUUAUACCUGUCUUCGUCGCCGGCGCCAGCGUUCGUGAAUCCAGACAACCACACUGUGGGGUCUGCGGGGAGUCUGGAGGGCAAGGGUAUCACUACGGCGAACAACAAUGGCCCCAUGGGUCUCUUCGCAUCAGGGUCGAACAAAGAAGUGCUCCCAAAAGCCAACGAGGACAAUGCCCAUGGAACAUGCAUGUACAAUAACGCACCACCUACCAAGGCAAGCCAGUACGAAGUCCGUCGCAAGCGCCCGCCACCCCCUCGGCCAUCACCGCAGACGUUGAUCGAGGACAUUAAGACCUCUGACGAUGCCUUUCAAACAGCCCUUACCGGCAGCAGUAGCGCAACUGCGUCCGAAUACACUGGCCAGACCUUGAUCGCCAUGUGGAUGGACCAAGGAAAGCUAAACCUGGUCGACAUUGACUGGCCGCCGCCCCGGCACGGCCGGUGCCUCACCACCCGUUCCCUCGCCCUCGUCGACGACUUUACGCGUCCUUUCCUCGGCCCUCUGCCGUACUGGAUGCUGCACGAGAUGUACAGGCAGAAGAGGGGCUUGGUGGACGUGUGCGAGGGUUCAGUGUCCGCCCAUAUCCAUGACCCGCCAGCAUACCCGCGCUUUGGGACAGUGGUGGUCGGCGACAUGAGGCUGCAGGGCAGGGCGUGGACGGUGUUUGACGCCCAUGCUGGAGGACAUGAUUUGGUGGCCAAGUUCUACGUGCCGCGGAUUGGCGGGUGGACGCGGCUUGGCGACGUCCGCCGCGAGAUAUGGCUGUACGAUCACGUCUUGCGGGGACUGCAGGGGACCGUGGUGCCGCGUUGGUAUGGGGUGUAUGGCGCGCAGCAGCCGCUCAAGCCGCAAGGCGGGAUGGGGGAUAUGGUCGAGGUGUAUGUCGCCCUGACAAAGGACGCCGGGGUGCCUAUGACUGGGGACGAGCUGCGGGAGUUGACAGAGGAGGACAACCUCACUCACUGGCUCAAACCGCCAGGGGCGCCAAUCUCCCAGCUGCGACUGGUCGACUUUGGUCUCGCUGUCAUUCGCCCCUCAUUGACUUCAGAGCUGGCACAAGUGACGUUGCCCACGGGUUCAUUCGAUGACGAAGCUGAGGAGGAGAUGCUCGAAGUGCGCGAGAUGCUGGGUCUGGGGAGGUAA